UGUAUGUGGCGAAACUGGGGGAAAAGACGAUUUGAGGGUAUAAAACACGUUGACGGGCCCGCUAAAAAAUUAUAUUCCGACUAUCAGUUGUCGAAGAACGAUCGCCUAUACAGUAAAGGAUCUUAAGGAGUUAAGAUGACCGGACGCGGAAAAGGAGGCAAAGGACUUGGAAAAGGUGGAGCGAAACGUCAUCGCAAGGUUCUUCGUGACAAUAUCCAAGGCAUCACCAAACCCGCUAUUCGCCGUCUAGCGAGGCGUGGAGGAGUCAAGCGUAUCUCUGGAUUGAUCUACGAGGAAACUCGCGGCGUCCUCAAGGUUUUCCUCGAGAACGUCAUCCGAGAUGCUGUGACCUACACCGAACACGCCAAGAGGAAGACCGUGACUGCCAUGGAUGUUGUCUACGCUCUCAAGAGACAAGGACGCACCCUCUACGGUUUCGGCGGCUAACUCUUAAAUUUUUCCUACACAUCUGCUCUUAAAACAAUCGGCCCUUUUCAGGGCCACCAUAUGAUUUUAACAAUGGAAUGAUUAACAUGUUAGCUUGUUCUUUCAUUAAAAAAGUAUAGUAUAUA